AUGGAGCUAGAGUCCACGUUGGGUGCAACGCCCUCACUUGACCGCAUGACAGAUGAGAGUGGUGUGAAAUUAACAGCGACUGCUUGCCGGAAACCAACAGACAGUGAUGUGGUCCUAGAUUACUUAUUAGCCCAUCCAAAGGCAGGGUAUUUUAGCAUAGUCUUCUGCGGGCUGAUGUCGGCACUCUGGCACAAUUUUUGGUGCCCAAGUGCCAUGCCAUCAGGAGAAAGAACGAAGUCUGGGAUACUGCCAGGUCGCCCAAGCCUAGACACGGGGAGUCGAGAGGCAGAGGCCGGGUUCGAACCAUGGAUCUCCCGCCCUCCAACUGAAUGUACUGCACACAGGACGCCUCAUGAUUUAGUUGACACGAUAUUCGAGAUAUCGCAGUAUAUUUUCAUAAAG